CUCAUCAGAGAGGUCUUUGAAACCUUGAACAAGGGUUUCAAAUUUGGGGAAAUGACACUCUUUAUUGUUGUAUAUUUUUGACAUUUUGUCAGGAAAUGCAUCUCAGUCUCAGGUUCUGCUGUGGUGCAGUGGUUACACAGCCUUUCCUCUACAGGGAGAUAGGUUCUGCUGUGGUGCAGUGGUUGUACAGCCUUUCCUCUACAGGGAGACAGGUUCUGCUGUGGUGCAGUGGUUGUACAGCCUUUCCUCUACAGGGAGACAGGUUCUGCUGUGGUGCAGUGGUUGUACAGCCUUUCCUCUACAGGGAAGCAGGUUCUGCUGUGGUGCAGUGGUUACACAGCCUUUCCUCUACAGGGAGACAGGUUCUGCUGUGGUGCAGUGGUUACACAGCCUUUCCUCUACAGGGAGACAGGUUCUGCUGUGGUGCAGUGGUUACACAGCCUUUCCUCUACAGGGAGACAGGUUCUGCUGUGGUGCAGUGGUUACACAGCCUUUCCUCUACAGGGAGACAGGUUCUGCUGUGGUGCAGUGGUUACACAGCCUUUCCUCUACAGGGAGACAGGUUCUGCUGUGGUGCAGUGGUUACACAGCCUUUCCUCUACAGGGAGACAGGUUCUGCUGUGGUGCAGUGGUUACACAGCCUUUCCUCUACAGGGAGACAGGUUCUGCUGUGGUGCAGUGGUUACACAGCCUUUCCUCUACAGGGAGACAGGUUCUGCUGUGGUGCAGUGGUUACACAGCCUUUCCUCUACAGGGAGACAGGUUCUGCUGUGGUGCAGUGGUUACACAGCCUUUCCUCUACAGGGAGACAGGUUCUGCUGUGGUGCAGUGGUUACACAGCCUUUCCUCUACAGGGAGACAGGUUCUGCUGUGGUGCAGUGGUUACACAGCCUUUCCUCUACAGGGAGACAGGUUCUGCUGUGGUGCAGUGGUUACACAGCCUUUCCUCUACAGGGAGACAGGUUCUGCUGUGGUGCAGUGGUUACACAGCCUUUCCUCUACAGGGAGACAGGUUCUGCUGUGGUGCAGUGGUUACACAGCCUUUCCUCUACAGGGAGACAGGUUCUGCUGUGGUGCAGUGGUUACACAGCCUUUCCUCUACAGGGAGACAGGUUCUGCUGUGGUGCAGUGGUUACACAGCCUUUCCUCUACAGGGAGACAGGUUCUGCUGUGGUGCUGUGGUUACACAGCCUUUCCUCUACAGGGAGACAGGUUUUCCUGUGUCUACCCUUCUCAAUGGCAAGGCUGUGUUCACUGAGCCUGUUUUUCUAAGGUUUUGAUCAGUAACCAGGUCUAAUAGUUUGUCUCGUUGUCUCUCAGACAUCUUUGUCAAGGUUUUGAUCAGUAACCAGGUCUAAUAGUUUGUCUCGCUGUCUCUCAGACAUCUUUUCUAAGGUUUUGAUCAGUAACCAGGUCUAAUAGUUUGUCUCGUUGUCUCUCAGACAUCUUUGUCAAGGUUUUGAUCAGUAACCAGGUCUAAUAGUUUG